CUUGUAGCCCCUUGGCUGGCCAUCCUGCAUAAAAUACCUAGGCCCCUUCACCACUUAGACCCUAGGAGUUCCCCUCUGCUGCCGGGUCCACCUCACUGGGAGUUGCUUUGCAAAGACGGAGUCUUACUCCUCGGUCAUAGAGACCACCUCCCACGAGCAGGGUCUUCCACCACCAGUCUCCAAUCAUGGCGUACCAACAGCAGCAAGACAACCGUAACCAGAACCGUCUGCACCUCAACUUUGGCUUCAACAACCAGCCCAACUUCGCCGCUGAACAAGGCCGUGCUUUCCCAACCACACCUUCUACCUUCCCACAACCAUUCCCGAACGCUCGAGGUCAGCAAGAUGUUUGGGGCACGGGUCAGACAACGAGCGGCAUCAAUGAUCAAGGCUACUUCUACAACAAUCCUACAUUCCAGCAGUACCAGAACCUGCCCUCUCCAGGCACCUCGGGCUACCGCUCGCCAGGGGGCUUUAACAACGACGCUACAAAUGGCUUGGCCCACCAGUUCCAACAUCAGAACUUGGGUGGUGGCUCCACCCCGAGGUCAGCUAGUCCCUACCAGAGGCAAGGGUCUCCGGCAGGCAUGUCGAGGCCACGGACGGCAGGCCAGACGGGGCAGAGUGGGUUGAGCAAUUAUCUCACCCCGCCAAUGCCCAAUCAGCCCGCUCAGCCUGGCCUAUACGACGAUGAGCCGCCACCCAAGAACCCGGAGAAGUACUCGACUGGUAUCACCGAGAAGGUGAAGCUGAACAAGAUGCUUACGCAGGAGUUCUUCAAGGAGAACGUGGAAAGAGCGAAAGCAAGGAAUGAGCGAGCCAAGGAGCUUGAGGGCAUCCUGAGUUCAAGAGAGCUGUCCGAUGCUCGCAAAGAGCAAAAAAAGGCCACCAUGCGGAAAUCAGAAGCAAACUUCCUGCGGUUCCUACGCACUAGCGAAAGGCCGCAGAACUACAACACUCUCAAGAUCAUUGGCAAGGGUGCCUUUGGCGAGGUCCGGCUGGUGCAGAGGAAGCAUGACGGAAAGAUAUAUGCGCUCAAGUCGCUGAUCAAAGCUGAGAUGCACAAGAAAGAUCAGCUGGCUCACGUCCGUGCCGAGCGUGACAUAUUGGCGAAUGCGGACAGCCCAUGGCUAGUCAAGCUGCACACUUCUUUCCAAGACUCCACAUUCCUCUACAUGCUGAUGGAGUUCUUACCGGGAGGCGAUCUGAUGACGAUGCUCAUCAAGUACGAGAUCUUUUCCGAGGACAUCACGCGCUUCUACAUGGCCGAGCUCACCCUUGCUAUCGAGGCGGUACACAAGCUUGGCUUCAUUCAUCGUGACAUCAAACCUGACAACAUCCUCCUGGAUCGCGGAGGUCAUAUCAAGCUUACGGACUUUGGCCUUUCGACAGGUUUCUCAAAGGAGCAUUCAGCCUCGUACUACCAGCAACUCAUGUCGCAGACUCGGCCCAAAUCGAUCGCACAGAACCGCAACUCGGUCUCGAUCGACCAAAUACAGCUUACAGUAUCCAACCGCAAUCAGAUCAACACCUGGCGCAAGUCGAGACGUCAGCUCGCGUACUCCACAGUCGGUACGCCAGACUACAUCGCGCCCGAAAUCUUCAGCGGCAAGGGCUAUGACUUCGGCUGCGAUUGGUGGAGCGUCGGCACCAUCAUGUUCGAAUGCCUAAUAGGCUGGCCACCCUUCUGCGCCGAAGAGCCACAUGACACCUACCGCAAGAUCGUCGACUGGCCCCGCCACCUUCACUUCCCUCCAGACCAACAACUCGGCUCAGACGCCGAGCACUUCGUCCGCGGCCUGAUCUGCGAUGCACAGAACCGGCUCGGUCGCGUCCAGGGCGCGCAGGAGCUCAAGGCGCAUCCCUUCUUCCACGGUGUCAAUUGGGAUAGUCUGCGCAAGAUUCGCGCGCCGUUUGAGCCGAAGCUGCAAAGUAAUGUCGACACGCAGUACUUCCCCAUCGAUGAGAUUCCGCAGGUGGAUAACUCGGCGGCGUUGAGGGCGCAGACGGAGGCGAGCAUGCAGAAUGAUGAUACGACGUUGAGCCUGCCGUUUAUUGGGUAUACGUAUAAGCGCUUUGAUGCAUUUAGAGGGACGUGAGGACAUGUUCCACUGCCGGUGGCAGUAGUUCGAUCAGAGCAGCGGGCACUGCUUAAGCGGAGCGUAUGCGUGAUCCAGCAUUCGACGACGAGAGCAUAGCGGGAGGCCAGGGCGUUACGAGCAUGCAGGACUAUGUACGAUGCAUCUACGUCUAGAUCUGCUUUCAGUAUGCAAGGCUGCUG